AUGCCGAGUUGGAAGCAUGGAUGCAUUUGCAGCCGGCUGUCCAACUUUUGUUUGUCUCACAGCUGGCACGGCAGCUUGCUAAGCAGCUGGAUUGCGAAAGGGGCUGCUGCCAGCCUCCAGUUUUUGAGGCGUUCAAUGCCUGGAGCAAUCUUUGAAAAAGACCUUUUGCAAGUGGCUUCCACAGAGGAGGAGUCCGAGAAGGACACGAGGCGACUCUCAGUUGGUACGACGGCUACGGGGGUGCCCGAAGAGGAUGAUGUGCUUCAGGAGCUUGAUGAGUCUGACGAGGGGGAGGAUAUCAAUAACGUUGAUGAUCAUUCGGACGGAGAUGGUGUUGCCCAGGCAUCCGUGCAGCAAGGAUUGCUCAAUGCUGAGUCUGAGGAUGAUUUAGAGGCACCAGAAGUGCUCAAGACUGAGUCCGAGGAUAAUCUGGAGGCGGCGAUGAAUCUGAAGGUGGACAUGAAAACUUUGCCGGCAGUGACGCUGGAUGGUAGGCUGAUAUCAGCUGAGGAGUUCUAUCUCGACUUGUUUUCUCGCGCCUUCUCUCCCGUCAACGAUGCCACCGAAAGGGAUGAGCUGGGCGGAUCUGGUGAGAAAAAACGGAUCCAGCAAGGGCAACGGUGGAGCCAAAGGCCAGAGACCGAGCGUGCAGAUGAAUCCAAGGGACCUGCACACUGGAAAGAACCUGGUCACAGAAAAGGAAACAAAGGCUGGGCAAAAGGAUCAAAAGGGAAGCAGCCCACAAAUCCUCGCGAAGUCCGGGUGCCCAAGACCUCAGGAAAAGGAAGCCCCCCUUCUAGUCCAGAGCCACAAGAAAGGGAGGAAGCCUGCGCACAAGAACCCGAGCCUGCGAAUGCCCACCAAAGUGCUGGAGCGGAGGAGUCGCAGCCUUCCAGCAAGGCUUCAACUCCGAGGGAGGAGUCGGCGCAUCCCAGUGGUUCCUGCAGUGCGAGGAGCUCAGAACUCCUGGAGAAGCAAGAGCCGGAGCCCGCACAGCCAGAAGAGCCCACAGAGCGCGCAGAGCCAGCAGCGCCAGCAGAGCCGGCAGAGCGUGCAGAAGCAGCAGGGGAAUCGAAAACAAAGACAGUCCUGACGGGCUGGGCGAAAUUAUUUGGAGGACCCAGUGCAGCAGACCCGGCUCCCAGAAAGGGAAGCAAGGGCUCUUCAAAAGGAUCAAAAGGCAAGCAGCCCACAAAUCCUCGCGAAGUCCAGGUGCCCAAGACCUCAGGAAAAGGAAGCCCCCCUUCUAGUCCAGAGCCAGAAGCAAGGGAGGAAGCCUGCGCACAAGAACCUGAGCCUGCGAAUGCCCACCAAAGUGCUGGAGCGGAGGAGUCGCAGCCUUCCAGCAAGGCUUCAACUCCGAGGGAGGAGUCGGCGCAUCCCAGUGGUUCCUGCAGCGCGAGGAGCUCAGAACUCCUGGAGAAGCAAGAGCCGGAGCCCGCAGAGGCAGAAGAGCCCACAGAGCGCGCAGAGCCAGCAGCGCCAGCAGAGCCGGCAGAGCGUGCAGAGGCAGCAGGGGAAUCGAAAGCAAAGACAGUCCUGUGCCCAAGACCUCAGGAAAAGGAAGCCCCCCUUCUAGUCCAGAGCCAGAAGCAAGGGAGGAAGCCUGCGCACAAGAACCCGAGCCUGCGAAUGCCCACCAUAGUGCUGGAGCGGAGGAGGGAGGAGUCGGCGCAUCCCAGUGGUUCCUGCAGUGCGAGGAGCUCAGAACUCCUGGAGAAGCAAGAGCCGGAGCCCGCAGAGCCAGAAGAGCCCACAGAGCGCGCAGAGCCAGCAGCGCCAGCAGAGCCGGCAGAGCGUGCAGAAGCAGCAGGGGAAUCGAAAACAAAGACAGUCCUGACGGGCUGGGCGAAAUUAUUUGGAGGACCCAGUGCAGCAGACCCGGCUCCCAGAAAGGGAAAGAAGGGCUCUUCAAUUUUGAAGAGCCACGUGUCCAAGCCCAUGCAAGGGCACUCCCAGCUUUGCGGGUACAGGCUCUGGUUGCGGAUUUUCAAGAGUCUUGACACGAGGUGGCAUGGUGCAUGGAAUUUGCAGCGACAUGCCACAGUUCGGGAGGUUUUGCCUCAAAGUGAACCAGUUCAGCAAGAUGAGGAGGAAGAGGAGGGAGUCAUGGAAGUCUCGGAGGAAUCUGAAGGUGGACAUGAAAGCUUUGACGGCAGUGACGCUGAAUGGUAG